AUGGAUUCUCCCCGUGCCAGUCUGGAGUAUCAGGUUGGAGUUCAAAAUUUUUUACGUUAUGCAUUUCUUAACACGACUACUGAAGUCAUGAAACCGUGUCCUUGUCGUAAAUGCAUCAACUCAUUGAAUCAUGACCGUGAGACAGUAUAUGAACAUUUGAUGAUAAAUGGUAUUUUACAAGAUUAUCGCAUUUGGAAUUUCCAUGGAGAAAAGUUGAUUGUACAAUCUCAUGAUACCAUGAGAGAUGAGCUUCAUGCCUUACCAGAAGUUUAUGAGACAAUUAACCAUGAAUCAAUAGUCCAAGAAACGUUACAUGAAGUAUCUGAAGGAUCACCUAUGAGGAAUACAAAUUACGCUGGUGCAUCAACUAGUCAUACAUCGAUGGAGUCUAAUGUGGAAGAUUUCUAUAGAUUGGUAGAAGAAGGAAAACAACCAUUAUAUGUUGGAUGCACUGAGUUUUCUAAAUUGACAUUUCUUGUUGAGUUAUUUCAGUUGAAAGUGAGUGGAAAAUGGAGUGAUAAGUCCUUCACAGCAUUAUUGGAUUUUCUUCGACGAGUACUUCCACCUGAAGCACAAGUACCAAAUUCUUUUUAUGAAGCGAAGAAACUAAUUUCUAAUUUGGGACUUCACUAUGAAAAAAUACAUGCUUGUCCGAAUGAUUGUAUGAUUUAUUGGGGCGAGGAUGCGAAUGAACAAGCUUGUAGAGUAUGUAAUCUUUCAAGAUGGAAAAACAUGCAGAAACAACCAAAGAAGUCACGCAAAAGUGGAAAAAAAAUCCUUCAGAUGAAAACUCCAGCUAAGGUUUUUUGGUAUUUUCCAUUGAAAUUGAGAUUACAACGAUUAUUCAUGUCAUCUCAGACUUCUAAAAAUAUGCAAUGGCAUUCUAAGAAACGAGUUUCAGAUGGAAUUUUAAGGCAUCCGGCUGAUUCACCAACAUGGAAGGCAUUUGACGAGCGACACGCUGAAUUUGGAGUAGAUCCUAGAAAUGUACGUUUAGGACUCACCACUGAUGGUUUUAAUCCAUUUAAAAAUCAAAGUAUGUCAUACAGUACAUGGCCUGUUGUUCUAAUGCCUUACAAUUUGCCACCUUGGGAAUCUAUGAAGCCUCAUUCAAUUAUUUUAUCCACCUUAAUUCCAGGACCCAAAGCACCUGGAAACGAUAUUGAUGUAUAUUUACGUCCCUUGUUGACUGAAUUGAAGGACUUAUGGGAAAAUGGGAUUACCACUUAUGAUGCUUGCAACAAAGAAAUGUUUCAAAUGCGGGCUGUAUUGCUUUGGACAAUUACUGAUUUUCCAGGUUUGGGAUGUUUGUCUGGGUGGAACACAUAUGCCAAAAAUGCUUGUCCAACAUGUGCUGAUAAGACAGAUGCAGUGUACUUGAAUAAUGGAAGAAAAUGGUCAUUUAAAGGGCAUCGCCGCUUCUUACCAAGAGAUUCAAAAAUUCGAACUAUGACAAGUUAUGGCAAGCCAGAGAAACGUGAAUUAGAUUUGACACCAUUGUCUGGAUCUGAUGUUCUACAAAUGACCCAAAAUCGAAAUGUGGUAUUUGGUAAAAGUAACAUAUCGAAACCAUUGGUGCGAACAAAAACAGGUUCUACUGAACAAAUGUGGAGGAAACAAAGCAUUUUUUUCACUUUGCCUUAUUGGGAGUUUAAUUUGAUAAGACAUAAUUUGGAUUCUAUGCAUAUUGAGAAAAAUGUUUGUGAUAAUAUCCUUGGAACACUUUUAGAUGAUUCUAGCAAGAGCAAAGAUAACACUGCCGCACGUAGAGAUCUGAAAAAUAUUGGGAAUUAUGAAACAAUUAUGGCCACAGCCACAACCAAAUGGUACAGAAUAUUUGCCACCAGCAUGUUAUUGUUUGAACAAAGCUGA